AUGGCAAUGGAUGUAGACGACUUGCCGCCGGCGACUAAUUCCACACCUAGUCUCACCGAGGAUUUGCGUCAUGACACACCAAGAUUCGCCGAUCUUAGCGCACACUUUCUCCAUCCCCUUUUGACCCAAGCUAUCACUGACGACCUCAGAUUCCAGCACAUGAUGCCCGUACAGGCCGCUACCCUGUGGGAGCUCUUACCCCCAAACCGAAGGGACUGUCUUGUCCAAGCAAAAACCGGCACUGGCAAAACGGUUGCAUUCUUAUUACCAGCUCUUCAGACAAUGGUUUCCCAGAAAUCUCCUGCAAGUUCGACCGUCUCCUUACUUGUUGUCUCCCCAACCCGGGAGCUAGCAUUACAAAUUGCCCAGGAAGCUACCCGUUUGCUCCAGAGGUUACCCAACUACCGCGUAUGUACUGCCAUUGGCGGGACGAAUAGAGACAAAGAAAAGAUACAAAUUUUGAAUGGAUGUGAUGUUCUGGUCGCCACCCCUGGAAGACUCGUCGACCACAUGUCUAAUGAGCACAUCUCGAAUGCUUUUGGACAAUUAGAUACCCUUGUUCUUGAUGAAGCUGAUACUUUGCUUGACAUGGGCUUCAUGCCAACUUUGAGAGAGAUUGUCCGAAACCUUCCGUCCAAGGAGAGGGCACCCAGACAAAGCAUGCUUUUCUCUGCCACCGUUAUGCCUCAUGUUAGUCAAGUAGCCGGCCUCGUUUUAUCCCCAGGAUACAAGUCCAUCUCUACCAUCCCCACCGGUGCAACUAAUACACACGAGCAUGUGGCCCAGAUGCUCAUUAAAGUUCCUACAUUCGCAUCCGUCUUAGCAGGUAUGGUAAGUUCCGUGGUAGACGAAGCUACAAAGCAUGAAAACUACAAAGCUAUCGUCUUUGCUCCAACGGCUGCGCUAGCCGGAUUUUAUGGGCACAUUCUAUCCAUGGUGCCCGGUCUGCCCCAGAUCUCUUCUCUUCAGAGUCGAAUGAGACAAAACAAGCGGACAAGGAUCAGCAAUAAAUUCCGCAUCGCUAGCUCGGCAAUUUUAGUGGCCACUGACCUCGUCGCUCGAGGAAUGGAUUUCCCCGGAGUUACUACCGUAUUUCAGAUUGGUAUCCCCUUGGACAAACAAAGUUAUGUUCAUCGUCUAGGCCGCACCGGGCGUGCAAACGCUGAAGGGCGUGGCAUUUUCCUCAUUUGUGAGGCUGAGUCGUUCUUUCCCAACUCGGCGUUGAACCAGACAAGGUUUAUUCCACACGAGGCGAGCAUGGCAUCUGGUGAGGAAGUUCAUCACAUUGCUGAAAGGAUGGAUGAGAAGGAAAAGAUCCGGAUAUAUAAGUCUUGGUUGGCAUACUAUAGACUGCAUCUCAGAGGACUCGGAUGGGGCAAGGAGGAGCUCGUUAGCGAGGCUAACAGGUAUGCGGCUGAUGGGCUGGGGUCUCGUGAGACCCCGCCUAUUCCGCAAAGUAUUGUUCAAAACUUGGGGCUUACCGGCACCAAGGGUCUAAAUGUUGUUCCAGACAAAUACCCAAGUUGA